CACGAAUAGAUCGUUUCUCCGUUGGCAUCCAAUUCAAUGUGAACUCAAAUAACGACUGAGCACACACACACACACACCAAUUAAACACUGAUCUCACAUAAUUUAUAGCCACUGUAUCUUAUCGCAAUUUUUUUGCCGCAUCAUAGGACCACAGCUGUGAUCUAUAAAUUCACGUACCUUCGUACCUGUGCAUCAUUGGAUAACCACUCUUCAUCAGUUGAUGUGCGUCAAGUGAUAAAUUUUGAAUACUUCAAUUAGACAAAUUUAGAAAAGAUUUGUCAGAAAUAAAAUUGUAAAGUAGGAAAAAUGUUUCAGUUUUCGCCAAUCUUCAAACAAUUUCUUACGAUCGUUUGUUGCAAUUUAUUAACUUUGUCGUACGGGCUGACAACGGGCUGGGCAACGAUCAAUUUCAAUGAGCUUCAAAGUGAGAGCAGCACAUUUUCGACGGGCCCUCUGUCCAUUGAAGAAUUAUCUCUUGUUAUCGGGAUUGUGAAUCUCGGCGCUGUAGUAGGUAAUUUUCUAAUCCUGCCAGCUAGCCAAGUCAUUGGAAUAAAGAAAACAAUUCACCUGUUUGGAUUGCCGUUGAUUCUGAGCGCCAUACUCAUCAUUUGGGCGCAAAAUGUUUACUAUUUAUAUGCCUCACGAGUGCUGACCGGUUUAGUUGGUGGUGCCCUAUCUGUUGGCCUACCAACACUGAUAAAUGAUAUAUCCAGCGAUAAUAUGCGAGGUGCACUUAACUCAAUAUACGAUCCAUUCAACAACAUCGGAAUAAUCAUCUCCUUUUUCAUUGGAAAUUAUUUGAGCUGCAUAGAUCAAGCCAAAACACUGCUCAUUGGUCCAAUAAUUUUCAUCAGUAUCAUGUUCCUGCUGCCAGAAUCUCCGGAAUUUUUGGCAAAUCGAAACAAACAAAAGCGGGCGAUGAAAGCACGAAAAUUUUACAAAGGAAGCUUUGCGGCGUUGGAAAGUGCGGAGUUUCUGCAAAAAACUCAAAUUGAAAUCGAAAAAGGAAAAUUAGAAAAAGAUGAAGAGGAAGAGGAUGAAGACGAUGAAUCUGAUUCAAAAUUAACACUUCAAGACUUUCUAACACCACAAGCGAAAAAAGCUAUUUUCAUAUCUUUCAUGGCUCUUGCACUGAAUUUUGCCUCAGGAACAAUGGUGAUUAUGAGUUAUGUAACUGAUAUAUUUACCAAAACGGGUUCAUCAUUGUCAACAAAAAAUUCAUCACUCCUCGUUUCCAUCACACAGAUCACUGCCAAUGUAUUAUUUUUGAAUUGCGUCGAAAGAAUCAACCGAAGAGCUCUUCAGAUUUGUUCAUCAUUGUUGACCACAGCCAGCUUUUUCUUAUUCGCUGCCUACUGUUUACUGUGGAUCGAUGAACCCGAAUUGAACUGGAUGCCUCCAUUUUGUUUCGCAUGCAUCAUUUACUUCAGUUGGAUGGGUCAGAUUCCGAUACCGUUCAUCGUCACAUUUGAAAUAUUCCCGAAAAAGAUUCGUCAAACCUGUCUAUCGCUGUCCGUCUCGUUGAUCUGGAUCAUUUCGUUUAUUCUUGGAUCAAUUUUCCCCGUCUUCUUGGAAUCAUUUGGCCUGUUCACAACAAUGAUGACAUUUGGCGUUAUAAGUUUGUUGAAUGUGCUUUUCGGCAUCUUUUUCAUUCCCGAAACGCGCGGAAAGUCUUAUGAAGAAAUUAUGAGCCUUUUAAGUAACAAUGAUAAAUAAUCUAAUUAGCUUAAGGUAUGCAAUUUUUUGUGAUACAUUUUUCAUUUGCUUGUAAACAAAACAUUAGAGAUAAUUUUGACUGAAAUAUCGUAAGGAAACUUGUGUACGUUGUCUCUUAGAUUAUGCGAGUGUUUAGUUGAAAUAUUCACGACAAUAAAUGUUAUUUAUUACGUAAUGAUA